AUGUCUUGCUCUACGAGUUCUACUCAGAUGCAGAUCCCCGUCGUGGACUUUUCGCAGUGGUACAACAGCCCGGAUGCCUCCUCUCGUCAACAGGUCGCACAUGCACUGGUUAAGGCUUGCCAAGAUGUCGGGUUCGUAUAUAUAGUGAACCACUCGCUUCCUGGCUCGGUUUUGGAUGAAGCGUUUGACUGGAUGAGACGCUUUUUUGAGCUCUCAAGAGAAGACAAGAUGCGGGCCCCGCAUCCGGAGGGCUGGGCUGUACAUCGAGGCUACUCAUGGCCCGGUCUUGAAAAGGUUUCUCAAGUCAUGAGCACAGGGGAUGACGAGGACGCGCGGAAGAAGCUGAGAGAGGUACCCGAUGUCAAGGAAAUCUACGAUAUUGGCAGCGAAGAGAAUUCCGUUCAGCCCAACCAGUGGUUACCGGAAGAGACUCUUCCUGGUUACCGGAAUUUUAUGGUUCAGUUUUACUGGAAGUGCAAUAAGGUUGGAAGCGAGAUACUACAUGCUUUAGCUGCCGGCCUUGACUUGGAAGAUGGCUGUUACCUGACGAAGAAAGCAUUCGGGCCACAACAACCAGCUCCGGUUGCUGCACUAUCUACCUGUGCCGGCAGAGGAGUUGGAGACAGAGCGAACCGCCCGAUGUCCGGCACAUACAGAUUGGAGUUCCAUAACCAUGCUCUUCCAGGAUGA